AUGUCCGACCGACACAUCUUCAACGACCACACGACGCUCGUCGCGCGCAGCCUGCGCGGCCUCGUCGCGGCGCACCCAAGCCUGUCGCUCAUCCCGUCCCUCCGCGUUGUCUACCGCGCCGAGCACGACCGCUCAAAGGUCUCGCUCAUCUGCGGCGGCGGGAGCGGGCACGAGCCGGGCACGGUGGGCUUUGUCGGCGCGGGCCUGUUGACCGCCGCCGUGGCGGGCGACGUGUUCGCCUCGCCGUCGGCCAAGCAGGUCAUGGGCGGGAUCAAGGCCGUGCCGAGUGACGAGGGCGUGAUUCUGAUUAUUACAAACUACACGGGCGACAACCUUCACUUUGGCCUCGCCAAGCUCAUGGCGCAGUCGCAGGGCAUUGAGAACGUCGAGAUUGUCGUCGUCGGCGACGACGUGAGCGUGCCGCACAGCCGGGGCAAGAUGGUUGGGCGGCGGUGCUUGGCGGGCGUGAUCUUGGUGUGCAAGAUCAUGGGCGCGGCGUCGGAAGCGUCCAUGCCGUUCCACCCGCUCGUGGCGCUCGGCCGCAGCCUGUCAGCCAACAUGGGCAGCGUGUGCAUGGCCCUCGACCACUGUCACGUCCCGGGCCGCAGUGGCGAGUUUGCCCAGAUCCCCGCGGGCCGCAUCGAGAUCGGGCUCGGCUUGCACAACGAGACGGGAGUGUACAACCUCCCGCAGCCCGCCCCAGAGGACCUCAUCCACCAGAUGCUCGAGCUCAUCCUGCGCCAGGACGACCCGGAGCGCAGCUUUGUGCGCUUUGCGGACGGCGACGAGCUCGUGCUCUUCGUCAACAACCAGGGCGGAAUGAGCGCGCUCGAGAUGGGCGCGGUCGUCGACGAGGCGCUGGUGCAGCUCGAAGCCCGCGGCAUUGUGCCCUUGCGCAUCUUCAACGGCGUCUUCAUGGGCAGCAUGAACAUGCCCGGCAUCAGCAUCUCCCUGCUCAACCUCACCAACGUCGCGGCCGACACGGGCGUGCCCGUGCCCCAGCUGAUCAGCUACAUCGACGCGCCGCACGCCGCCACCGCGUGGCCGGCAACAGAGCAUAUCUGGCCCGUGCCCAAGGGGCUCGCAGCCCGCACCCGGACGGACAAGUUCACCGAGGUCGCGGCGGAGGAGAAGGCGGCGGUGCCUACCGGCCCCGAGCUGACGGGCAACGCGGCCGCGAUCCAGCGCGCGCUCACCACCGCGGCAGCGGACGUCGUCGCCCUCGAGCCCGAUCUCACGCGGUGGGACACUAUUGUCGGUGACGGCGACUGCGGCGAGACGUGCGAGAACGGCGGCAAGGCCGUGCUCGAGGCGGUCAAGAACGGGCUCGGGCGGAGCGGCGAGCUCGUCGCGCUCUUCCGCGAGCUCACAGAGAUUAUCGACGAGGCGUGCGGCGGCACGCUCGGCGCCAUCUUCUCCAUCUUUUUGGCCGGCCUCACGACCGCGCUGAUGGACGAGGCGGCGGAAUCGCCCCAGCCAGAGCUCAACCCUGCGCUGUUCGGCCGUGUCGCCCUCGCGGCGCUCGACACGCUCGGCCAGCGCACCGCCGCGCGCGAGGGCCACCGUACCGUCAUGGACGCGCUCAUUCCGUUCGCGCACGUGCUCGCCGAGACGGCGGAUCUCGACAAGGCCGCCGCGGCGUCGCGCAAGGGCGGCGAGGCAACCGCUACCCUCACCGCCAAGCUUGGCCGCGCGGCCUACGUCGGCGACCGGACAGACACGGUCAUGCCUCCCGACCCCGGAGCCAUGGCCUUUGUCGCUGUCGUCGAGGGCAUUGCCAAGGCGUUUCACAAGUAG